AAAUUGUAGCGAGAGAGAGAAAGAGAGAGAGAUAGGGACUAGAGAGAGAGGAUGGUGAGGAGGGAGAGCACACUUUAUUACCUUUUUUAUGAUGCACGCAUCCAUGGCAGAACAGGGAAGGGUACAGAGUACUCUCUGCUGCGACACAAGGGUAGAAGAAGAGAUUAGAAGAAACAACACCACCUCCACCACCAAUAUUAACAAUUGCAAAUUCUAGAGAGAGAGAAAAAAAAGUAGAGAGAGAAAGUUAGAGACAGACAGAGAGUAUUGAAAUGGAGCUGUGUGUGGCAAAUGGUAAAGGAAGAUAUGAUGGAACCGAGCAGGAAAACAGGCAACUUUCCCAGUGAUGGAAAAGAAAGAGCUGAUUUUAAGAAUUUUUACGAAAUGGGUUUGUUUUGUUUGAGCUGAAAAGAGAUUUUUCUGCACAAAUCUGGAAAGAAGACGCCAUUUUUGCAAAGAUUUGAGCUUUUUUUUAGCUGUAAUUUGUGUAAUUUACGAGAGGGAUGCCCUUUCAGUUCCAGCAGGGGAAGGGGGUCAUCGAAAUAGCAACUGCAAGUUUGCCGGCAAUUUUCACAGACAGCAGCUGCAGCAAGUACAAAGACGGCGGAUUUUUCAACCACCACCACCACAGCUUUCCGACCAGCGAGCCCAAUUCGGUUCUUCAUAUGAGAAGAAGCCCGAGCCCACCCACUUCGGCUUCCACUCUCUCUUCCUCUUUCAACAACGGCGGCGGUGGCGGCGACAAAUUGACGCCGCUGGCAGCUGAGACUCCGCCUGCGGUGGGACAAACGUCGUCGAAAGACGAGUGGGCCUGCGAGCUCCAGUCGAUUCCGAGUGGGGGUUUGGAGGCCGUGACCGGAUCAGCAGGAGGAGGAGUCGAGAGAUGCGACCUUGGGCUUGGCGGGUUGGAGGAUUGGGAGACCAUGCUCUCCGAAACGACGGCGUCUCCGGGUCACGACCAGUCGCUGCUGAGGUGGAUCGCUGGGGAUGUGGACGACACGUCGUUUGGGCUCAAGCAGCUCUUGCAGAGCGGGAACAACCACCACCGCCACCACAACAGCCCCCUUGAUUUCGACGGCAAUGCCGGGUUGGGUGUUGUCGAUCAGGGCCCUAAUUUCGACCUAAUUGGAAACGGCGGCGUUUCGGGCCCGAAUUUCGGGUUCGGCGGUUCGGGUUUUGGGAACGGCAGUAACAAUGGCAGCAAUGGGAAGCUGGGUUUUGUUCCUCCGGGUUCUGGGUCUUUUGGGUUGCUAAAUUACAAGGUUUCAAAUGUUGAGUUGAUUCACAACAAUGGCGGCAGCAACAGUGUCAAUUGCAACAUUCAAAACCCCAUUUUCUCGAAUUCGUCUAACACUUUGGCUCUGCCGGUAUCUUUGCCUGCGGUUUACGGGCAGCAGCAAUUAAGCCCGGACGAGAAGCCGCAGAUUCUGAACCCCCAGCUGUUCAUGAGCAACCAAAAUCAGCAGCCUCAGGUGGCUCAGAAUCCGAACUUUUUCAUGCCACUGGCGUAUGCCCAGCAAGAACAGCACCACCUGCUUCAGUCCCAGCCCAAACGCCCCAACUCAGGCACGAAUGUAGACCCGAGUACUCAUCAGAUCCAAAAGGGUCAGUUUUCUGAUGCAGGGCAAGAGUUUUUUAUGAGAAAACAGCAGCAGCAAUUCGGGUUUGCUCAAGGGAUGCAGUUUCUGCCUCAGCAGCAUCGCAUCAGCAGAAGCCGUUAAUGGUGCCGAAACAGAAGGUUGUGCUGGGAAAUGGUGAAGAAAUGGCUCACCACCAGCAGCAACAACAGCUCCAGCAUACUUUGCUCGACCAGCUCUAUAAGGCCGCAGAGCUGGUAGGGACUGGGAACUUUUCACACGCGCAAGGGAUAUUGGCGCGGCUCAAUCACCAGCUUUCCCCUGUUGGAAAGCCCCUUCAGAGGGCUGCUUUCUAUUUCAAGGAGGCUUUGCAACUCCUCCUCCUCAUGAACAAUCCUGCCACCUCUCCACCACCGAGAACUCCGACCCCAUUUGAUAUCAUCUUCAAAAUGGGGGCUUACAAAGUCUUCUCCGAAGUUUCUCCGCUCCUUCAGUUUGUCAAUUUCACCUGCAACCAGGCCCUCCUCGAGGCCCUCUCCGACGCUGAUCAGAUUCACAUUGUUGAUUUCGAUAUUGGUUUUGGUGCUCAUUGGGCUUCCUUUAUGCAGGAGCUUCCCAUCAGGAAUAGGGGUGCUUCUGCCCCUUCACUCAGAAUCACUGCCUUUGCUUCACCUUCGACUCACCACCCGGUUGAGCUCGGGCUUAUGUGUGAUAAUUUGACACAAUUCGCUAAUGAGAUUGGUGUAAGCUUUGAUCUUGAAGUGGUUAACAUUGA